CCGACGCAGCCGCUCGAUGGCCGAGUCGGCCGGAAAGCGGCCUCCGGCAUCACUGCCGGCCUCCGCUGGUAUGGCGACGAAGCUCUCCAUAGUUCUGCUUGUGACCCUGUCGGCUCUGUUCUACCAGCAGUUUCAGCCUCCACCUCCGAAAAUCUGUGGCUCGCUGAAUGGUCCCCCGGUUACAGCACCACGAACAAAGCUCAAAGACGGUAGGCAUCUGGCAUACCUAGAAUCCGGCGUCCAAAAGAUGAAGGCCAAGUACAAGGUCAUCUUUGUUCAUGGGUUCUACUCCUGCCGAUAUGACGCGCUUCCAAUUUCCCCGGAGGUGGCACAACAGCUGGGCAUCUACCUCCUGUCCUUUGACCGGCCUGGAUACGCUGAGAGUGACCCAGACCCUGCUCCGAGUGAGAAGAGCAUUGCCCUCGACAUUGAGGAGCUUGCUGACAACCUGAAGCUUGGUCCUAAGUUUCACCUCAUUGGCUUCUCCAUGGGCGGCGAGAUUAUGUGGAGCUGCCUCAAGUACAUCCCACACAGGCUCUCCGGUGUGGCCAUUCUCGGGCCGGUGGGCAACUACUGGUGGUCCGGCUUGCCGUCGAACGUGUGGCGGGACGCCUGGUACCAGCAGCCACCGCAGGACCAGUGGGCGGUCUGGGUCGCCCAUCAUCUGCCAUGGCUGACCUACUGGUGGAACACCCAGAAGCUCUUCCCUCCCUCCAGCGUCAUCGCCCGCAGCCCUUUACUAUUGUCUGAAGAAGACGCGAUGGUCAGGAAGAAGCUUGGCCUGCGAACCUACACCCCAACGAUAAGGCAGCAAGGGGAUUACAAUAGCCUGCACCGUGACAUGAUGGUUGGGUUCGGGAAGUGGGACUGGAGCCCGCUGGACCUGGAGGACCCGUUCGCCGGCGGCGAAGGGAAGGUGCACCUGUGGCACGGCGCCGAGGAUCGCAUCGUGCCGGUCGGCUUGUCGAGGUACAUCAGCGAGAGGCUCCCGUGGGUCGUCUACCACGAGCUUCCCACAUCUGGCCACCUCUUCCCUGUCGACAGCGGGAACGCCGACGCCAUCGUCAAGUCCCUGCUACUCGGAGAUCAGUGACCUUCAACUCCCCAGUCUCCCGAUCUUGGAUCAUCGUCGCACUGCACCGUAUCGCUAGCUGCUCGCAGACACUGAAUAAUAUGGUUUCUUUCAGUUUGAACACAAGAACCUCGUAUAGAUCGUGCAGAAAAUGGCGUGGAAUAAAUCAUACUCUGCCCGUUCCAAAAUAAACUGCUCAGCUAUUUAUAGAUACGAAUGUAUCUAUAUUUCAAAUAUAUCUAUAU